AUGUCAUUUUCGCUUAUUUCAGUGAUUGCUGUCAACGACAAAAAUCUGACUGACUGGGCCUCUGUAAAGGUGCAUUUGCUGAACGGUAACCGGAAUCCACCGCGCAUCACAUCCAGUUCAUGCGGCAACCUGACGGUACCAGAAAACACUCGCAUUGAUCAGUUGACACGAAUUUUCGCAGUUGAUUCAGAUGAAGGGGAUGACGCUCUUGUUAAGUUCAAUAUUGUUGCUGGUAAUGAAAAUAACACAUUCUCGAUUAAUCAGUCAACUGGAAUCGUCUCGUGUCGUGAACUUGAUCGUGAGCAAAAAUCUGAAUACUUUCUCGUUAUAACCGCCGAGGAUUACGGUGUUCCGGCUAGAGCAGUAAGUUGA